GCCCCCUUAGUGACACGGCUGGCGCGGGCGGGCCCGUCCCCCCUGCCCCUGGGUCGCUCUUUUUAAGCUCCCCUGAGCCGGGGCUGCGCUCCUCUAAUUGGGACUCCGAGCCGGGGCUAUUUCUGGCGCUGGCGCGGCUCCAAGAAGGCGUGAGUUCGCGGCCGCUCCGCAUUCCAGCCGCCACUCUCCCACCUGCUCCAGAGGAAGGAAGAUGAGCGAGUCAAGCUCGAAGUCUAGCCAGCCCUUGGCCUCCAAGCAGGAAAAGGACGGCACCGAGAAGCGAGGCCGGGGCAGGCCGCGCAAGCAGCCUCCGGUGAGUCCCGGGACAGCGCUGGUAGGGAGUCAGAAGGAGCCCAGCGAAGUGCCAACACCUAAGAGACCUCGGGGCCGACCAAAGGGAAGCAAGAACAAGGGUGCUGCCAAGAUCCGGAAAACCACCACAGCUCCAGGAAGAAAACCAAGGGGCAGACCCAAAAAACUGGAGAAGGAGGAGGAGGAGGGCAUCUCGCAGGAGUCCUCGGAGGAGGAGCAGUGACCGUGCGUGCCGCCUGCUCCCCCACGGGGGGGGCAGCAUCCUUCUGGGACUGGACAGCUUCGCUCCGCUCCCACCGACCUGUCCUUCCCCCAGGCCCACCGUUACCACCCCUCGGCGCCAGCCCUCCCCCCCACCUGCGCCCUCACCACACACUACACAGCAUCCCAGCCGCUGUAGGGCCCCUGUGGGCCCAGUGGGGAGCAGUUUUCCUCUGGCCUCAGUUCCCAGCCACCCCCCCCACACUCAUGCAUACACACCUGCUCUCCUGGACAAGGCUAACGUCCCACGUGGCCGCUCCCUCCACCUGCUGCGUCCCCGCUCCAGGUGGGGACAUUGCUUUCUGGGCUUUCGGUUUGGGGGUUCCCUCUCUGCUCCUCCCCUAUUCCCUCUGGCUUCCCAUCGAGGGGCCCGGGAGGGCUCCCCUGGCCUUAAAAGGGGCCCAGGCCCCAUCUCAUUCUGGCAUGCCCCACUCCACUGUCCGGGCAGCAGCGGGUGUGGCCAAU